AUGGCGCCAUUGAUAGCAUCCUCAAAGAUCACGCUGUCCUGCCCGCUGUUCGCUGCUGACUUCGACCCCCAAAACCACGGCCUUCUGCUUGUAGGAGGUGGAGGAGGCGAGGGCCGCAGUGGUGUGGGAAAUAGAAUUACUCUAUUGAAUACUUCAAAACGGCAUGAAAUCUCCGAACUAGUCGACAUCCAACUAUCGCGCGACGAAGAUUCCGUUACAUCACUGGCAGUUGCUGGAUCAACUGAUGAGUCAAUGGUGGCUCUUGCGGGGAUAAAUAGUUCUCAAGCCGAGCAGCUGAAAGGAAAUAACCAGCAUCUGCGAUCCUUCCGGCUGGAGUAUCCGCCACGUAAGGGUGCGAGUCGAGACGAUAAUACAAUCGAGAAAAAAGAUGAGAGUGAUGGAUCCAAUUUACCUAGAGGAAAGACUACGCCGUUAUCUCAAGUUUCGCUGUUCAGAACAAAUAUCGUUGAAAGGGGUCAGAAACCGCCCUCUAAAGUUGACACAUAUCAGAGACUACUACGGCUGUCUCCUUACAAAACCGUCGAAUCACCCCGAAUAGGCGCAAUUGCAACUGGCUUGGCGCCCUGGGGGGAGAUUGUUCUUUUCAAUGCCACUUCCCAGCCUCAAGCAUCAGACGUCAUUGGACGAAUUCGGUUGGCAAAUGGGGAGGAGGCCGAAGAUGUAGAUAUCCUAGAGUUGGAUGAUGGCAAAUUCCUAGUGGCCUACACCAACGGAACGGAGGUAUUCACGUUUGAGAUAUUGUCGUCCCGAAAAUCGAAUGCCGCUCCUGAAGUCAAGACGGUCUUCACAAUUCCCAAGACUUUACCCAAGAAAUCCAAAUAUCGAGCGCUACGGUUCCUUUCUCCGACCACAUUACUCCUCCUUCAGAACACGACAGAUCGCUCAGGAUGUGAGCUUUCAGUCCUGUCUCUUCCAACAUCACGCCAAUCAACAGAAAGUGGCACUAUUAUUCGCCGAAAAAAGCUACGAAAGUCCAUCAAGAUUGGACUGAGCCUGGAUGUCAUUAACCUGGGUGAAGGCGAUAGCAAAGAACGACAGUACCUGAUCGCCCUAGCAGGCAGUGACCAAUCCAUCGAAACGUUGACCCUCGACUAUUUGCCGAGGAAAGGGUACGGCGCAUUGAAAUCCUACGCUUCAUUAAAAGACGCACAUCCAUUCUCCAUGACCAAAGUCUGCUUCUCCCAUUACCGACCGCCUGCAUACCCAGUCACAGGCAACACACCUCCACAAUACGUUAAACUAGCCUCAAUCAGCCUGGGAAAUACAGUAGUUGUGCACACGUUUACACUCUACCCUCAACAAACCCUUGCAGGACGAGAUACCACGUCACCCCGAUAUGCCCUCAAGCCACCGGGCCGCUCCGAUACCUGGGAGACCAUAUUCAGCUGCAUAGUAGCUCUUGCCAUGGUUGCAUUUGCCUGCCUCCUAACGCAGGCCUAUUGCGAAAUUAGGGGAAUCACAGCUCCAACGCUCGGUGCUACAGACUGGUUACCCGACGGACUUCGCAGACGCAUUGGCAGACCAUAUACAUCUGACCUCCCUCGUCUUAUUCCUCUUGACGGACUGGCUGAUGUGCCUGAAAUGCAAGUAUCGCCAUCCUCAUCAACGGGCAUUAUAAUCAAAGACCACCAUUUGCGCGAAUUCCUAAUAGCUCGAAACGAAAACAACCCUGCUGCUAGCACCAGCAUUGACCCUGAUUCACCUACAACUACAACAUUAGCAUCACAUCCUGUAAUCAUCAGACACGAUACAGAAGGAACCAUAUACGCGCAACAGCAACAAUCUCAGCACCCUACGGACGUCGAUAUUGAUCGAUUAUCAUCAGUCCGGAAAUGGGAAGAUCUACAUCCCGAAGAACGUCGACGAUGGCGCCACCACUUGGAGCAGGCUGGUCUUUGGGCUCUUGAAGAAGGGGAACAGGUAUUUCAGGGGAUUCUCUUUGGACAAAUUGGGGGUUUUAUCGCUGAUGCUAUAUAA